AUGUCUCAAACGUCUUUGAAUCAAAACUCAUGGACAUUAUUACCGCAAUAUUCACCGAUACCAAAUGGUCUUGCGAACCUUUCUCUUGCUGGGCAACCAACAUUUCUUCCACCACAAAUACUUCCAUCAUCGCAAGUUCAAAUGCUAUCACCUAUUCUAAUGAAUAAACCUACUCGUUAUCAUGUUCCACGUAUUAAUCAACAUAAUUUAGAUGAUAUUCCAACAGAAUAUCGUUCUAUGUUAGCAAUAAAUUAUCCACCACGUAGUGAUGAUGAUCUUGAUGGAUGGUUUACGUAUUUUCAAUAUGAAGUUGCUAUUUAUAGACAAGCUAUGCGACGUAUUAUACUUGAUGUUAUGCAAUUCCGUCAUCAACAUAAAAUCUUAGUUUCAGCAAAUAUGGAUUUACAAUCAAAAAUCGAUAAUUAUGAUAAGAAAAAAAGAGUUUUAUAUCAACUUUUUGAAGGUGAUAAACUUGAUAAAGAAAAAAUUCGAGAAAUAUUUGGUCGUUUAAAUGGUAAAAUAACAGUUCAAGCAAAUGAAUUAAGAGCACAAGAAGUUAAAUUAAAGAUCUAUGAAAAAGAACUGACACGAAAACAAGAAUUACGUAUUCAAUAUGAUCAAUUAGUUCAUAAAAGUCAAUCACUUGAAAAAGAAAUAAGAAUAACAAAAGAACGAGUAGAUCGAGCAGAUACACUUGAAGAUACAAUGCGGUAUCAAGAACGUGUUAUUGAAAAACUUCAAGCAAUGAUUAGUAAUUAUAUGAGACAAAAACGUUCAGAUGGAACAAUUAAUGAUAUUGAUCGAACUUUAUUAACUGAACAUGCUGCACUUGGUGUUGAAACAAAAAGAUUUCGAUACCAAGGAGCACAACAGGGAAAUUCUACUGUAUUGGUCAAUAAUAGUCAGCAAGAUCUUGUAACACAAACUCAAGCUCGUCAAAUCGAACUUGAACAACAAAAUCUAGCAUUUCAAAAAGAAUUAGAUGAUUUAGGUGCCGAAUUUGAUGAAAAAGCCGAAUUAUGGAAAAGAGAGAAAGCUGAACUUCUUAAUCAUAUCGAUAGUAUCGAUAAACCAGAGCAUGCGGAUCCAGAUGCAGAAUGA